UAUUUCCUUCAUUUCCUUUCUAGUUCUCAUCUUCUUCUUCUUCUUUACUUUCACUAUGUCUUCCUCUUCUGUGAUCAUUCUAAAGAGCUUCGAUGGAGAAACUAUCGAGGUGGAAGAGAAUGUGGUAUAUCAUUCCAAGCUAAUCGAACGCGUUUGUCGUACCAUCGAAAUGAAUCCCCGCAUUGUUCCUUUGUUUAAUGUGAGAUACAACAUUCUCGCUAAGGUGAUUGAUUUUAUGAAGCACGAAACGGAGCCUCUCAUGACCGCGAAUGGAGGAGAUGUUCGUCGAAGCUUUCAUGCUCAUUUUCUGGACGAUGUUGACAAUGAUAUGAUGGUCAAUCUUGUCAAUGCAGCACACUAUAUGGGAGUUGAGAGCCUGGAAAAUUACCUGGUUGGUGCAGUACAAAGGAAUUUCAACCAGAACGAUGUCAAUUCUAUUGGAGGAUAUUUUGCUAUACCGUGACGACUCCCUGGACAUUUUACUUAGAUGUUUUUCUGGAUGUUUUGUUGUCGAUGUUUUCAUGUUGUAUGGUUUAAUUUAAAUAAUUUUUAUGUUGCAAGAAUGAUGAUGAUAUUAUAAUGUUUGACUGGAUAUGCUAGAUAUUUUAGUAUUCUAACUCUAUUUUUAAUUGGA